AUGAAACAGAAUCAGUCAAUUGUUGUUGCAUUUCAUAAGCAAAGUGAAGCUGCAAAGAAAGAAUACCGAAUUAGAUUAAAUGCUUCAAUUGAUGUUCGUAGAUUUUUGGUGAAAAAUGCAUUACCAUUCCGUGGUCAUGAUGAGUCAGAAAAUUCUACUUGUAGAGGUCUCUUUUUGGAAGCAUUGUCAUUACUUGGAAGUGCAAAUGAGUCCAUUCACAAUGUUAUAUUAAGAAAUGCUCCAAAGAAUAAUCAAAUGGUGUCUCCAUCUAUUCAGAAGGGUAUUGUGAAUUGUUUUUUGAAUGAAAUACUUAAGUCCAUUUUUGAAGAGAUUGAUAGUGAUGCAUUUGCAUUGUUAGUUGAUGAGUCUAGUGACGUAUCAAAAAAAGAACAUAUGGCCGUGGUUUUAAGAUACGUAGAUGCACAUAGACUUGUUAAGGAGAGAUUUGUUGGUGUAGUUCAUGUGAUGGAGACAUCGUCAUCAACUCUUAAAUCUGCCAUCAAUUCUCUAUUUACUAAGCAUGGAUUGAGUUUGAAACAUAUAAGCUUGGGUCAAGGUUAUGAUGGAGCGAUUUGCGCUUCUUGCAAACGAAAAGAUAUGAUUCGAGAAGGCUACAGAGAUAGAAUACAAGAAGCUAUUUGUAAAGGUGAAAUUGAAAUUGGAAGAGGAUUAAAUCAAGAACUCUUUCUUAUUUGGAGGGUCUACUCAUUUUGUCAAAAGCAUGGUGUUGAAAGGUUAAAUAUGGAGGAUUGUUAUGUUACUUCAAGAAAUCGAAAGACCAUCAUCUCCAAUCGGCACCAUUUUGAAGUAGACAUUUUCAACACUGUUUUGGAUAUGCAAAUUCAAGAGUUUGGUGAUCGAUUUACUGAGGUUAGUACUGAGUUGCUUACUAAUAUGGCUGCUUUGAGUCCGCAAGAUUCAUUUUCUAUGUUUGAUGCAUCAAAGUUAGUAAAGUUAAGUACAUUCUAUCCGUAUGAUUUUAAAAAUAUGGAAAGAAGUACAUUGGAGCGUAAACUUGACAUCUACUAUGAGACUAUGCUUCAAGAUGAAAGAUUUACCAACUUAGAUGGUAUCAGCAGCCUUGUUAGAUUGAUGGUGCAAACAGGAAAGCACAUUUCAUAUCCUCAUAUCUUGCGAUUAUUGAAGCUAGCUUUGGUUCUACCAAUCGUAACAACAACAAUUGAAAGAUGUUUUUCUGCGAUGAAACUUGUGAAGUCAUAUUUGCGCAAUCGGAUGGGUGAUGAUCUUUUGAAUGAUUCGCUGAUUUGUGCUAUAGAAAAGGAAACACUUGUUAAUGUUCCGAAUGAAGCCGUAGUUAAUCGCUUCCAAAGCAUGAAAGAGCGCCGAGAACAGUGGUAG